AUGGAAGUGAAUGGUGAACCAGAUAUAGCUGGUAUUUUCAGCGCGGCUUUAAUGCCAUUGAAAGAUAUGAAAGAUGCAGAUAUUUUGAACCAGUAUGAAAUGAACAUGGCUGAUGGAAAUAUAACACCUGACGUUCUAGAACAUUUAUCUCAAAGAACUACACAGAACCAUAAAGAUGGUAUAUUUGGUGAAGAGUUUAGAAAGAAAGUUAGGGAGAGAGAAGGAAGAGAACCUAUUGUACAUGACCUUGCAAACGAAAGUUUGCAAAAUGUCAUAAAAACUUACUUUGCAGACAAUGAACCGAGAAGGGAUGAAUAUUUAAGAAAACUCAAAUGGACAGUACCAAAUGAAAUGUUAGUAUUGAAAAACAUGUUCCUUGACAAAAUAAAACCAACUACAGAAAUAAAUGACGCAAGCCUGAAACGUUGGGUAAAAGCUUUCCCAUUCACAAAAGAUAUUAUUGGUAACAUGGAAAGAAAACCAGAAUGGCUACAAAAACAUAUAUUUGGAAACGAGCUUAUUCCAUAUGGACAAGCUCUGUUUGAAGAGCUUGAACCGGAAACUCAGGAAAGAGUCAUGCAAACAAUACGCGAAGACUCAAAUACAAACUAUGACAAAAUCUUUCUAGGAUAUAGGUUACCUGAGAUGGGCGACCAGAGCCCAAAGGCAAAAAGGACAUGGGAAAUUUACAACAUACUAGGUGAACAUGAGGCAAAGAUGCAACAACUUGAAGCAGAGGGCAAGUUACCAAAAGCGACACCAAAGAAGAAGAGUAGAACAAAGUGA